AUGACAAAACUGCCAAACACAGUGUUGUACUUGAUUAACUUAAGACGUCUGUAUGUGGGUAGUGACAAGUUGCCUGCGAAGAUCGGGAGAUUAGCUAGUCUCCAAACACUACCAGAGUUUAUAGUGGGCAAUGAGAAGGGAUAUCGGAUUGAAGAGCUUGGAAGUUUGAAGAAUCUUAGGAAAAGUCUAAUGAUUCAAAAUCUUGAAAGAGUGUGUGACAAGAAAGAGGCCAUGAAAGCAAAUAUGUUGGAGAAGCCAAACAUGCAUGAAUUGGUGCUUAAAUGGGAUGAGAUUGAUUUUAGUGAAAGAAAUGAUGAGAGUGUGUUGGAAGGUCUUAGACCUCAUGCAAAUCUUAAGGAGUUGACCAUUUAUGGAUACAAAGGCAAAAGAUUUCCAACAUGGUUACAAAAUGAGCCUCAAGACUCUAGCUUACCACUUCAUAACUUGAUUGAGAUAAACCUCUAUAAUUGCUCAGGUUGUGAGGAAAUAACAUUGGACCACUUGCCGAAUUUAAGGUCGCUCUAUAUAAGGGUAUUAAAGAGUUUGAAAUGUUUGUCAAAGAGGUUUUUCUAUAACCAUCACAAUCUCUCAAAAUUGCGCAUUGAAGAUUGUGAUAUGUUGGAAGCAUUGCCAGAUGGAUUGGACACCCUCAAGUCUCUGUAUAACUUGAUGAUAGAAAGGUGUAAAAAUCUGAAGUCGAUGGGGAAUCCAAGCUGCGGAGAAGGAGAAAAUCAAGGAACCCUCGGUUGGCUGAUAAUUAGAGACUGCGGAGAACUGAUGGAAUUGCCACGUCAAAUGCUAGAGUUGUGGGCCCCUACAAUUGGGUUUCUCGUAUUGGAUGGAUUAAGGAGCCUAACGAAUAUACCAAUGCUAAUUAAUUGCCUCGCUAAAUCAUUUCAUCUCGAAGAUUUAACAAUCAGAGGUGUUCCUAAAUUGAUGUCUGCUGCUGGUAGUGUUGAGAGUUGGGAUUUAGGUAGCUUGAGGCAUUUAUGCAUAGAUGUGAGUGUGGAGUGGUCAAUAGAGACAAGUGAUGCCAUUAAUGACACUGUGAAUGACAUAUUGGAAGGGUGUUGCAACUCACUUGAAAUUUUAACAUUAAGAGGGGUGGAAAAUUGGGAGUGGCUGCCUCAAUCAAUUCAACUCACUUCUCUUUCUUGGUUAGAGUUGGAGAAUAUAGGGAUAGAAGAAUUGCCAAAAUGGUUUGGAAACCUCUUAGCUCUAGAGACGUUAUAUCUAUAUAGCUGCACAAAGUUGAGGUGCCUGCCCUCUGCGUAUACUGUUGGAAAUAUAUAA